AUGACAGAUCUGGAAUCUUCGAUACCCGAAACGGCAUCUCCCUCAACUUCUCCAAGUCUCUUAGCAACCCCCGAUACCGCAAGCCUCAUCUCACAUCGAUCCGUUUCUGCCGUCUCUUCCAUAUCCAAUUUCUCCGCCUAUUCCAAUGGCUCCUCUGCUUCUCGAGCAAGCACAUACCCCCGUCGACGAGGUUAUGUCCGUCCUCAGGGGGGUUCCUUCGCCGAGUCUGCCAAGAAUCGCGAAAGUGUCAUGAGUCUAGGCAGUAUCGCCCAUCUGCAGUAUUACUUCGCUCGCACGGGCUUACUGGAGGGAAAGGGUGGCCAGAUGGCGAGGAGAAAACAGAAUGGAGAGUACGAUAUCCCCAAGUUUACGCUCGCCGCGAACCAGGACGUGGUAGAGUCUCCCAUUGAUGACGAAGCUCAAGCCAUGUGGGAGGCUGCUCUGGAAGACGGCCAGGAGGUGAUGCUCCCUCCAAAUGUCUCGACUUACAGGCAUCGCUCCACCGAUGUUGCCCCGCCCCCUGACCAAAAGACCAUGAAGCGUGAAUUGGUCGAGGCCCUCGAAAAUGCUUUGCAAGCCGUGGAAUCCUGUGAAAGCAACUUGACCCAUGACGGGGAUCAGGCUUCACAAGGGUUUCAUGAGAUCCAGGGCCUCCACAUUCUGGACACCACCACCCUCGCCAUACGGGCGGCUAGACUCUACUAUACUUUACAUCCCAACCCGCAAAGAUUAAACUCCAUAAAGUCCGAUCACAACUUACGCAAAGAUCUUCAUGAAGUGAUGGACGUCUUGAAGAAGUGCACGUCACGCAACUUCGAAGGUGGCUUCCGUGAAGACGAGAGACUCUCCAUCCUUGUAUGGGUGAGUGAUGUGGGGAUGAUGAUCGACCAAGAGGCCAAACUUGAAGAGGCAGACAGACAUGAAAGGAGAGAUUGGCACUGGAUGGAUGACAAAAAGUGGACCAGCCGAGAGAGUGAACGAGACAUCAAUUUCCUCCUUUUCCUACUCAAUGGAGAGUGUGAAAGUUCUUUGAGAUCUCUCCGUGAUGAGUAUCCCAAUUUCUUUCGCAAUCUAGCCGAUGGUAAAGGUUUGAUAUCCAUGCACAACGCCGCGGUCAAGCGAUCAAAACGCCAGUUUGACUACAUCAAUACCUCCCACAAUGAUACUGCCAAGCCAUAUCGACGAGCAGACAACUUGAGAUACUGGUUGAAAGCCGCAGAAUUAAGAUUCGAGCUCAAACUCAAGCUUGAUGUUAUGGCUGUCGCAAACCAGCUAGAUGAUCCUGCAGUUUGGUCAUCCUUCGAAGAUGUCGUUCGAGAAUGGAGCCGUGGUGUUCGGGCUGAACUUACCAAAGAUUGGAAUGGCGAUGAAGAACGCAAACUCCAUGCCCGAGCUAGGAGUUUGGCUUUGGCAAGCCCACUCUCAAGUCCAGCAAGGAGAGCAUCUCCCGCACCUCCCAUGCCCAGCCCAGCUCGAAGAUUGGUCGCUCCUAGUCCUUUGGGAAGUCCUGUCAAAAGAUCGACCGCGACAGACGCCACCGAGUCCGACAGUCCAAACCGAAAGACAGCUCUUUCGGCUUGUGGCGAAGAAAACACCGUUUCCACAAAUUAA